GCUCAGUAACUGCAUAUAUUAAAUCACAAAACAGGGAAAUCAUCAUCACGAAAAGCUCUCCCAACCUAAGCCCUAAUUUCUUUCCUCCCUCGUCUGUACUGGAUAAAAGGAAUCCACUCACAGUUGAGCUCUACUCCUUGUCUCGCUCCAUUCACACGCGAAUACGUGUCCUUCCAAUUUGUCUAUGUUGUAGCAUAAACUGAUCGAUUAUGGCAACGGAGAAUUCUGGGUCCAAAUCUAGUUCAACGGCGGAUUCCUACAUUGGGAGCUUGAUAAGCUUGACGUCGAAGAGUGAGAUUAGAUAUGAGGGUGUGCUUUACAACAUCAACACUGAGGAAUCUAGUAUUGGAUUGAGAAACGUGCGAUCAUUCGGAACUGAAGGAAGGAAAAAGGAUGGUCCACAAGUACCCCCAAGUGACAAAGUCUAUGAGUACAUAUUGUUCCGAGGAAGUGACAUCAAGGACUUACAGGUUAAAUCUUCCCCACCUGUUCAAACUGCAGCUCCCAUAACCAAUGACCCUGCCAUAAUACAGCAUUCGCAAUCUCAUUAUCCCCGCCCUGUUUCAACAUCAACAAGCUUGCCUUCUGCUGCUAGUGGACCCCUGACAGAUCUUACUUCUCUCAAUUCCCAAAUGGGACUCCCUGGGUCCAAUUUUCAAGUUAGUCUGCCAUUAUAUCAACCUGGAGGGAAUUUAGGAUCAUGGGGAGCCUCACCGCCACCCCCAAGUGCAAAUGGCAGUGGGCUUGCCAUGCCAAUGUAUUGGCAAGGAUACUAUGGCCCUCCAAAUGGGCUUACACAUUUGCACCAGCAAUCUUUGCUUAGGCCCCCACCUGGAUUGUCAAUGCCUCCUUCAUUGCAACCAAUGCAAUAUCCCAAUUUUAAUGUUCCAUUGCCAACUGGUCCCUCAAACUUACAGAGCUCAAGUGUGCCUGAAGUUCCUUCUGCAUUACUUCCGGUGACUACGAUCUCUGGUAAUUUAACCUCAACUCCCUUACCAUCCUUGACUUUGCCAUCAUCUUUGCCAUCAACUUUGCCUCCAGCACCAUCUGCUUCACUAGCUUCAGAAACAUUACCUGGUUUGUUGCCUAACAAAGCUCCUAGUUCUGCCCUUCCAACAGCUGCACCAGGUGCUAGCUUGCCAUCACUUUCUCCUCUGACUACAUCCACUCCAGAGUUGAAUCCUGCCAUACCAAUCGCUAACAAGCCAAAUGUAAUAUCUGGUCCAACCUUGUCAUAUCAGAGCACAUCUCAGUCUGCAUCCUCUAUCCUUGGUACAUCUACUUCGGUUCGUGCAGAAGCGCCUACACCUUCACUGGUAACCCCAGGUCAGCUGUUGCAGUCUGGAUCUACUGUGGCCCCUUCAUCUCAAUCUUCAAUAACUGCACAGAAAGAUGUGGAGGUGGUUGAAGCAUCUGCCUCACCAUCAUCUGAGCCAUCAGCACCGGUGGCCAAAGAAGCUCAGCCACCUAUAUUGCCGCUGCCAGUACCUUCCCGAGCUAUUCAUAAGCCAAAUGGACCUUCUUUCCAAGCUCGUCAUGGCUACAGGGGGCGUGAAAGAGGCAGAGGAACUGGGAAUUCACGUCCAGUGACAAAGUUCACUGAGGAUUUUGAUUUCAUGGCAAUGAAUGAGAAGUUCAAUAAGGAUGAAGUAUGGGGUCAUCUUGGUAAGAGUAACAAAUCCCAUUCUAAGGACAAUGAAGGCGAUGUCAGUGAUGAAGAUGGUUCUCAAGAUGAGUAUGAUGCUGAACUACCAAAGAUAGAUGUCAAGCCUAUGUACAAUAAGGAUGACUUUUUUGAUACUCUCUCCUGCAACGCUCUUGACAAUGAUUCACAAAGUGGAAGGCCUAGAUUCUCUGAUCAAAUGAAGAUCGACACAGAGACUUUUGGUGAUUUUUCAAGGCAUCGUGGUGGUCGCGGUGGACGUGGGCCACGUGGUGGUCGUUCUCGCGGUGGUUAUUAUGGAAGAGGGUACGGUAACUAUGGUUACAUUAAUAGGGGUCGUGGGAGGGCCAUGUCAAGCCGUGCUUCUUAGUUGGUGAUUGAUAUUUCAAAAGUUUAAUGUUCUGGCAGUUGUUCUCCUUAAGGUGUCUAGUUAUUUUAAAUGUUACAGUGGAUGAAAAACUAAAGCCCUGCCUCCCCAGUAAGCAGCAGACAGAUCUGAGGCUAUGUUCCCAAGUUUCAGUUCUUGUUUUUGAUUGUCCAGAAAAUAAAGAGUAGGAGUGCUAUGUGUUUUUAUUCCAGUUUCCUUAUUUGAAUUUAUUUAAGAAAUACCAUAUCAUAUCAUCCUCUGGAUCUAAUCUAAUGAGAAGGCUGGUCUCAGUUAAGAGAUAGUUUGAUCCUUUUUCAUUUUUACAGAGAGACUCGAUAAAGUUGGACUGGUUUUAUCUCCUAGUUCUCCAGCUAGCUUGUUAAUUGCCCCCCAUGUACAUGUUAGGAAGAUUAAUAAUAAGUUGGUGAUAUU